UUCGAGCUUGCUCGGCGCACUCGGGUUUAAGGGUGUCAGAUUGUCGGCUCUGGAUGUGGUUGAUGCUGCUCUGCUGUACCUGGAGGGACGAUCGGAUGGGAGAGGAGGAGGGGGGAUGUUUGCCAUGCUGUGCAGGAUGUGGUCGCUCUAUCUAUGAUGGUCAGUAUCUUCAGGCUCUUAAUACAGACUGGCACAAUGCUUGCUUCAGGUGCUGUGAGUGUAACAUUUCACUCUCCCACUGGUAUUAUGAGAAGGAGGGUCGGCUCUACUGUAAAAAGGAUUACUGGGCCCGGUUUGGGGAGCUGUGUCACGGCUGCUGUGAGCGCAUCACCAAAGGGCUGAUCAUGGUGGCUGGAGAACACAAGUACCACCCAGAAUGCUUUGUGUGCCUGAAGUGCGGUGCAUUUAUUGGAGAUGGAGACACAUAUGCAUUGGUUGAACGCUCCAAACUCUACUGUGGUUGCUGCUAUUACCAGACAAUAGUCACUCCUGUGAUUGAGCAGAUCCUCCCAGACUCUCCCUGUCCGCCAAUCCCACACACUGUGACGUUGGUUUCAAUCCCAGCCUCCACGGAGGGAAAGCGAGGCUUCUCUGUGUCUAUCGAUCAGCCCUGCAGUCCCAGGAGUUCCUCUUCAGAACAUGUGCACACCGUACGGGUCAAGGAAGUUGACGCGGACUGCAUCAGUCCAGAUGUGAAAAACUCCAUUCACGUUGGUGAUAGGAUCCUGGAAAUCAAUGGAACACCAAUCAGGAAUGUGCCUCUGGAUGAGAUUGACCUCCUGAUUCAAGAAACUAGUCGUUUGCUCCAAUUAACCAUUGAGCAUGAUCCACAUGAUGUGUUGCUAGAGGACCAAGUGGAGACCAUCAGCCCCAUGUCAGACGUUUACAGCCCACAGAGAUCAAGUGCCCCGAAUGGAGAAGGUAGCACGGUCAAAAAACGUCCCAUCAAGAGAAGCUGCAGUAUUGACAAAUCACCAAGCACUGGAUCACCUGCCUCUCAAAAGAAAGAUUUGGGACGCUCUGAAUCCCUGCGAAUUGCCUCCAAAAUGCAUCGUAUUUUCCGCCCUUCUGACCUGAUCCAUGGGGAAGUGCUGGGAAAGGGCUAUUUUGGACAAGCCAUCAAGGUGACACACAGAGAGACAGGAGAGGUCAUGGCAAUGAAGGAACUGAUCCGCUUUGAUGAUGAAACCCAAAGAACCUUUCUGAAAGAGGUUAAGGUGAUGCGCUGCCUCGACCACCCGAAUGUUCUCAGGUUCAUCGGUGUUCUUUAUAAAGAUAAAAGACUGAACUUCAUUACAGAGUACAUCAAAGGAGGGACACUGAGAAGCAUCAUCAAAGACUUAGACCGUAUAUUGCCAUGGGACCAUCGUGUGAACUUUGCCAGGGACAUUGCUGAGGGAAUGUCCUAUCUGCAUUCUAUGAACAUUAUCCAUCGAGAUUUGAACUCGCAUAACUGCCUAGUACGUGAGAAUAAUACUGUGGUGGUUGCUGAUUUUGGACUGUCCCGACUAAUGGUUGAUGAUAAAAAGCAGACAGACAAUCUGUCACCAGGAAACCUGUCCACCAUGAGGAAGCCAGACAGGAAGAAGCGUUACACUGUGGUGGGGAACCCUUACUGGAUGGCUCCAGAAAUGAUUAACGGAAAAAGCUAUGAUGAGAAAGUUGACAUCUUUUCAUUUGGGAUUAUGCUGUGUGAGUUGAUUGGUAGAGUAAAUGCAGACCCAGAUUAUCUGCCCAGGACAACAGACUUUGGACUCAAUGUCCCUGUUUUCUUGGAUCGAUACUGUCCAGAAGAAUGUCCAUCAGCUUUCUUUCCAAUUGCAGUCAUGUGCUGUGACUUGGAUCCUGAAAAGAGGCCAUCCUUUAUGAAGCUGGAACAGUGGCUAUUAGCCCUGAAACUGCACCUGGAGAUGCACCUUCCUCUCACCUCCGACCUGGAACAGAUCAAUCAUUCCUUCUUCCAGAAUCAUUCAAGAAGCAAAGAGAAGCUUCUAGAAACUAUGUGAGCUGACCCACCUGAACAGGAAGCUGAACCAUUACAGUGUAGUCUUCAAGCAUGCUGAAGUUCAGUUGAGCACCUUCACGCAACGACACAUUUCAUCAGCGUACUGGGCACAAUCAAACCUGCAAGUACACAACCGUGCUGCUUAUAAUCCUGCAGGAAGACCCUUCAGCUUUAACAUUUCACUAGACAACAAGACUACUCAACUAAUGUAAAUAGCUGGCCACCUGCAGUUGGACACAGGAUGUGGGCAGUUUAUAGGAUAUUGGUGUAAGUGGCUAUUUCCACAGUGAUCCUCUUGGAACCCAGGGCACCUGACACAUGGUCUGUUGAUAAAUGAAUCCCUGCAGUUAGUGGGACAGAGUUGCUGCUCAAACUCUGAAUACAAAGAAACGGGGUAAUGUGAGAAAGGCAUUUGGGCAACGCCAUCCAGCUCCUAGUAGGCAUGGACUCACUGUAGAAAAAUGCCAUUAACUUGCCAAUCUCUCUAAUAAAGAGACAGCAGGAUGGCUAGUAUGAGAAUUGGAAAGUUGCCAUGUUGUGCAGUAAGAGCUGCUGUUUAGGUUGGGGCAGAAUGGAGGGAUCUUACCCUGCAUCUGAUAAACACUGUGCCUGAGCUGGUUCUGAAUGAUACUGACAGCACGGACCUGAAAUUAAACUUUUCUUUCCAAGCACUAACAUCCCUUAUCUCAAUGAGCACAAAAUUAGAAACUGGUGUUAUGUAUCCAGCAGGAAAAGACAAACUGUUAUAGUUCAUCCCAAUUUGAAAACAUUGGUGAUAAGAGGGAACAAAAACUACAGCUGAAAUUUCAAACAGCAGUUACAUGCCAUCACUUGAAUAAAUACUUUAACCCAAGGGGAGGGAUUGGGGAUAGGGUCUAAAGUUGGCUUGUCAGGGUCUGAAGUCGUGCGACAUGUAGUAAGGAGCUGCUUAAUUGAGAUUAAACCCCUUCAAUGGAUUGAAAGAUCAAUUAUAUGCUGAAAGUAGCUACUUAUUAAAUGAAAGAGUUUCAAAAUGGUGACUCCACUAUAACUUUUUAGGUAUUGCAAGUUUGGAUUAUUGUAUCCGAGUCACUGCAUUGUACCUCCUCAUUCUUGUGUUCACUGAGAUUGAGUCCUUCCUGACCUGACCCACUGAGUCUCUUCAACCUGUCUAGCUUCACACAGUCUUUCCAUUUACACAUUGGCUGUUCAGCCUCUCUGGCCUUAACCACCAUCCUCAUUGACAGCAACUGAUCAUUUUUUUUAACAGAGCAUCAAAACACCAUCAUCUGACAGUCCAGCUUAUGCAUUAGAACAUUAUGUAUUUAUUUAGUGUCUUUUCCAUUAUUUAUUUUCUCUGAUCUCCUUUUAUUUUCUUCAGUCUGUAUCACACACUUGCCUGUUUUUGGUGUUGUCUAUUAAUCUUGCUCCUUCAAUGUUGCUUUCUGCUCCAGGAAUUUCAAUUUCAGGUCCUCUUCCAUCCUUAGCACUGCAAUCAUUUUUAUUCAUCUGGAGCCACCUGAUUUCCAAGAUGUCCAUUUGGAGUUGGUGGCAAGUUAAAAUUGUACGAUCAUACUUAAUCUCCCGGCAUCUUCUGACACUCUUCCCUUGCUUCUCUUUCUUCCUACCCCUCAUAAGAUGAUUGCCCCACUUCUCCCCUUCCUCUUCUCUGAAAAAUCUUGUGACACCUCAAGUUGUGACACCUCAAGUUAUGGCACCCCUUGAAAAUUUUGAAGUGAAGUUGUUCUUUGAUCUAAGUAUUGUGUAUCCAUAUAAAUCAAUGUCACUUUAAUCAUUGCACCAUCCCACAAUACAGCCAAUGCUUUUCCUUAAGGCUUGGGUUGUGCGCCUUUAAGAGCAGGGACAUAAAAACUCAUUUUCUGGUCCAUUGAGUUUCCUGGUAAACACUCAUCUCCUCCUCACUCAGUGUCCUACUCUGUGAGCUCUAAAUCGGAUAUGAACCUGAAUUCCUGCAAAGCCAUCAGCACCUUCCCUCAAGUACCCAGGACUUUUUUAAACUUCCAGGCUAUUGUUUUCUGCUUUCUUUGUUCUUUCUAUCUAUCUAUCUUGAUUGUAUCAAGUACCUAGGAACCAGCCAGACCUGAACAUACUGGCCUCCGGGCCAAGCCAUCCUUUUAUAUCCAACUGUCCAAGCCUGGUUGGGACAAACCACCAUCUGCUCCAAACAUGGUUCAUGAUAUCAAUGGGAUUGGGAAGAGGGAAUUUCCACAUUGGGCAUUUUGUUGGUUGUAGCCUGAUGGCCAAAACACUAGGACACUGGGAUGAACUCAGCAGUGGUAUAAAUGGUGUCCACCUUGAGUUCUAGCCUGGUUUUAGACAAAGGCCCUGCAGAACAACACAGGAUGGUCUUUAAAAUAUUUUUAGACGACGAUUCUGAAUAUAGCACUAGUAGCUGCCUAGCAUCACUUCAUACACGCACACCAUUUCCAAAGGACAGAAUUCCUGUUGUUUUCUGUUCUUCAUUCUCUUUGAUUAUUUCUGGUCUGUAAUUUGCAUAAUUUCUGAUUUUCAUAGACUAUUUAGGAUUACAUUUUCACUUCCUCUCUAUAUUGGAUUCACAUCUACAUUAUUGUAGAUUGCAUUUUUUUAAACUUCCAGGCUAUUGUUUUCUGCUUUCUUUGUUCUUUCUAUCUAUCUUGAUUGUAUCAAAGUUAUCUGCUUUGCAUUGGUGGGGAAAGGAGAGUCACUAUAACUGGGUGCCAAGCAUUUUCACUAGUCAUACUGGGCACAAGACUGGAAGUUAUAUUUCAAGAACUAGGUGAUGUAAUGUUAGAUGCUUUUAGACUUUUGGGACCUGGAUGCUAACCUACCCAAGAUUCGGGGGUUGAAAAUCUCUGCUCAAAAGCAUUUUUAUUGCGACUGCAAUCUGAAUCCUACAGCACAAAACUGACCCUAAUGAUUUCACCCAGUUGGCUAGUAUAGGAAUUGGAAAAAUAGCACAAUGGUCUAUGUGGUGAUGGUGUUCUGCUCUGCGAUUCGGCUGAGGCACAAGGGGAAAUAUGUACAGGGAGCUUUACUCUGCAUUUAACCCUUGCUGUACCUAAUAAGGUAUAUCAUGAAGCAGUGUUGAGGGGGCUUUACCCUACAUCAUACCCAUCCUGUACGUGUCCUCUGGUAGCCAGAGUGUUCCAUUCCCAGUACUAAUAUCCUCUUACCAUUCCAAGAUACAAUUCCACUGCAGAUUCUGGCAUAUUUAAUUCUUCAGUUGAUGAAAUGGUUACAGCACCAAUUUUCCCUUCAACUUUGUUUACCAUUAGUUGAGAACUUGAGCUUUAGUCAACCCUGGACCCUGACUUUUGUAUCCGGCAGGAUCUGCCGAAUAUUAAAUUUCAUAAUAUGAAGAUUAAUGAGCAUAUUAAUUGUAGUUUUGUCUUCCUCUUCUUCACAACUCGACAGAGCAGCAAACUUUGAAUAUGAUCAUUGCAAUCACGUCACACAUAAGGAUAUUUACUAAACAUAAGACAGACUUCCAGACACCCCUGGGCUUGGUGCCAGUCUAUUAAGAUGUGUUAACUUUGAAUUGUCAACUAUCUGUUGACUUUAGAAAGAUUUACAGCUGGUGUAAAUUUAAAAAGGCUGCUUCAGGAAUGAUUUUUCAUCAUGAGUUAGGGCUUAAGCCACAACCUUAAUUUACUAAGCAGAGUGUACUGGAAAGUUGCCAUUUUAGCUUUGCAAGGCAAGAAAAGAUUGACACAUCCUCCUGCCCUUUCCUACCCUGGCCUGUGGUCUGUCAGCUGGUGUUUAGAAAAUUAGAAUUGGAUAUUCCAAGUAUUGUCUUAAUCAAGAGAUCUUGUACAUCAAUAAUGUAUUAGAGUUAAAUGUCCAAGUAUCUCAGGAUCCACAUCAUUAAAUAUUUCACAACUCUGUAUUACUAUGUCUGUACUAACGUGGGUGUACUGUGAGAAAACUCUGGAAUCUUUCAGCAUCAACUGCCUGACAGAUGUGGGGCUCCCGUGAGGUAAACAUAUGUAACUGUUCUCUAAUGCUUGGCCUUAAAUGCUUUGCUGCACUUGGUGUCGACAACCUGAUUACAAGUAGCUGUUGCUAUGUAACAUUGUACCCAUGCAACUGUCUUCAGUAAGUUUGAAGACUAGCAUUGCAUUAUAUACUGUGUAGAUGGUAAUAUCCAAAUCAACCUGCUCUAAAAAUAUUCACUAGUUCACAAAUGGCAAGAAAAAAUGCAUAAAGCUGAAAUUGUUGCUUUUGCAGGUUACAAGCAGUAAGGGGAAUUGGGUUCUUGUUUUGGCACCCUGAUUUUAAAAAGUUUUAGUUUUGAUAGAGGUGGCGUUGCAAUUACUGAGGGACAAAUGGGGGUUGUGUUGUGGAUAAUGAGCCAAUGGGACCAAUUUAAUUUGCCAUGUCUAUGCCUCAUUAGUUGAAUUCUAUCAUAGUGGUUAAUAAAUCUGUUUAGGAUCUUUCUCUUGAAUGCCAUUAACGGAUGCUGGAAAACUCCCAUAUUGGCCAUCAGUUGAAUACUGAGUUUAGCUGUGACCAUUAAGUAACCAGGCAACAAUUUAUACCUGGAUUGGCAGCUGCUUGAUUGAAUUAAAGAAGGUUUGCCUGCACCUUAGAAUCUAUGGCCCAAAAUGUCUUCAUGAGAUGGGGAAAUUUUUGGGGGGGUGGGGUUGGUGACUGUAAAUUUAGAAGUUGCUAACCUCCCACAAUGCAGUGCUCUGUGGUUUCCAUAUCCAUUAGAUUGCAUAGAGGGAGAAGGGCACUAAAUUUGCUUUCUUUGUGCAGUUGGAUGCUAUAAACUCAGUAACAUAAACUUGGAGCCUCCUGAGUUUUACAAACAGCUCCCAUGGUUAGAAAAUAGUUUUGCUUUUGAAUGCAAAGUUACAGACUAAAUUAAAUGGCUAAAGUGAGUCAAAAGAAAAGUGACGGGAGGAGGAGAGAAGAUUGUUUCUCUCUACCUUCAGUUACUUCAAACUAGCAUGUUUGAAUAUCGUACUUAUUCAAACUAGCAAAAAAAUCUAAAAUGGGACAGCUGUCUGGUUUAAUGUGCCAUGUGGACAAGCAGUUCAAUCCCUGAUCUGUGCUGAAUUAGCGGUAGGAUGUUACAAUUGGCCUUGAUGCUCUUGGCUUAGGGAUGGUGAAGAAUUCGAGCAGGGUUCCUGCUCCUGAUUUCCAUCCAGUAUUCCCUGCUUUAAGGGGAAUAUGGUUGGAACAAGUUUGAGCUCAGUUUCAACGGGUGGAAUUUUAUGGCCCCACUGUGGUGGGGGUGGGGUUGGAAAAUGUGGCGAGCCAUUCAAAAGUCCAUUGACUUUGGCAGGGCCAGAAGAUCCUGGUGGGAGAGGCCGUAAAAUUCCACCCAGUGUCUUCCAUGGAUAAAUAGUCUGGAGACACUUAUUGUCUAAGUUCCUUUGUGAAGAAUGGCAGCUUGGGCUGUUGGCAGAUGUGGUGCCUUCAAUAGUCAGGGUAGAAACUUCAGUAAGAAUGGAAGAAUAUGAUAGCAUCUAUUUUGUCUGUAAACUUCAUGCAAUCAUUGUACUGUGCCAUAACCACACAAAAGGCACAAAUUAAUAGUGAAUAAUUAUUUGCAAAAUAUAGCCAUUGUAAACCCAAGUGAUGUCAAAACCUCUGCCGUCAGUGUACGGGACCAGAUGUGCUCACUGAAAAACCUGCAGUGCAAACCUGAGAAACUCAUCGUACUAAGUUAAUCUGUGCCUUGUUUAGCCAGAGCUGUCAAGGACCAGUGGUUGGUUUGUGUUAUUUAUGAACUCACCUUUCAUUUUCUAACAUGGUUAAUUUAUUGUUUCUGUGGAUUCAGUCAUAUCAUUCCAGUGUUUCAUUCCUCAUGUUUUAUGUUUUGAAACUGUGAACAUAGUGCACUUUACACAGGAGGGUGACUAUGACAGCAAUUCUGUAAAGUAUUGUAACACGAAAAUGGAAUAAAACUAGCUUCAUCUCAA